GUGCGGCGAAAAAACCUUGAAAAUGAUAAGAAUCUUACCGAGCUUACGGUUUACUCCUCUGCUCUCUGCCGCUAAACCUUUUUGCUCAUCUUCUCCGACGAGAGAGCUACCGCAAUACGAGGCUAGAACUGCACCGGUAUCUAAUUCUCUCCUCAGUAUAACUCCCAAGACUCCACUGUUCCUUAGAACGCCGUCUCACGCAACUUGUCUAUCGGAUGUUUGGAAAUGGCACGAUUGGGCGAAAGAUCUUGCCACCUCCGUAGAGGAAUCUUCGACUAAUUCUGAAGAUAGCCUUGACUCUGUUAUACUCCACCGUGAACUGAAAUGGCUGAUCGAAGACUCGAUCGAAGACGAUACUUUGGUGAUUCUUCACAGAAGUGAAAUCGCGGACGACGGCGAGAAGAAUGUGAAAUUGAGAGCGUCGUUGGAAGAGCUUUACGAUUUAUGGAGACAGAGGAUUGAGAAGCGUCGGCCGUUUCAAUACGUCGUCGGAUGCGAGCACUGGAGAGAUUUGGUGUUGUGCGUCGAAGAAGGGGUUUUAAUUCCGAGACCGGAGACGGAACUGAUCGUUGAUAUGGUGGAGGAGCUUGUAACGAGAGAUGGACGGUUUAAGAAAGGUUGUUGGGCUGAUCUCGGGACAGGAAGCGGUGCUAUUGCGAUCGGCAUUGCUAAAGUUUUGGGAAGCCAUGGGAGAGUUAUAGCUACAGAUCUUAGUCCGGUGGCGAUCGCCGUCGCUGUCCACAAUGUGCAGAGAUACAACCUUCAGGGGAUGGUUGAGGUGAGGAAAGGAUCUUGGUUUGAGCCUUUGAAAGAUCUAGAGGGACAACUUGUAGGGCUUGUGAGUAAUCCACCAUACAUACCAAGUGAUGACAUUCCAGGCCUACAAGCUGAAGUUGGUAGACACGAACCAAAACUUGCAUUGGAUGGUGGUAUCGAUGGAACCGAUAGUCUUCUCCAUCUCUGUCAUGGGGCUUCUCGGAUGCUUAAACCCGGUGGCUUUUUCGUUUUCGAGACCAAUGGGGAGAAGCAAAGCAAGAUGAUCGUUGAUUACAUGAUGACCAAUGAUCUCAAAGACUGUUUCUCUGAUUUGAAGAUAGUUUCCGAUUUUGCUGGAAUCAAUCGGUUCGUGACUGGUUUUCGUCUAUGAGGACAUUACACACAACUCGCUGUCGUGCUAUUUCCCUAUACUAGUAUGACUGAUAAUUAAAUUACAGUAUAUCAGUACUAAUUGAACUAAAAUGAUUCAUGUUCAUGGCUUUGUUAGGUUUAUUUCCAUCAAAUCAUGACCCAAGUAAACAGAAUCAUACGUAAAUAAAUAAAUAAAAUAAAAUACAGCUUCGAAAUGA